AAACACACCCUGAACACAGCAGCAGCAGCAGCAGCAGCCUCACGGAGCCGUUACCGUAAACACACCACCACCACCAACUACAGUCACCGUUAGACCGUUUAUUUUACCGGGAACAUGCACUCCGACAACGAAGACGUCGCAAUGAAGGAGUCCAAAAGACGGGAGCGUCAAGCAGGUCCAGGCAUACGUGGUGCAUCUGAUAUUGAAGCUUUGGAGAAUCCUGACACGGACAUUGGCUUGUGUGGCUGGGUGCUGGUUGGAUUCUCUCUUCUUCUGAUGCUGGUUACUCUGCCCCUCUCCAUAUGGAUGUGCAUUAAGAUUGUGAAGGAAUAUGAGCGAGCCAUCAUCUUUCGCCUGGGGCGCCUUGUGCGAGGAGGAGCCAAAGGACCAGGGUUGUUCUUCAUCUUGCCGUGCACUGACAGCUUUAUUAAUGUGGACAUGCGCACCAUUACCUUCGACAUCCCGCCGCAGGAGGUUCUGACCAAAGACUCCGUGACAGUGAGCGUUGACGGCGUGGUGUACUACCGGGUCCAGAAUGCUACUCUGGCUGUGGCUAACAUCACCAAUGCAGACGCUGCUACCCGCCUGCUGGCCGGGACCACCCUGAGGAACGUCCUGGGUACCAAGAACCUGGCAGAGAUCCUGUCUGACCGUGAAGAAAUCGCACACAGCAUGCAGUCCAGUCUAGAUGAUGCCACAGAUGACUGGGGAAUCAAGGUGGAGCGGGUGGAGAUCAAAGAUGUGAAGCUGCCCCUUCAGCUCCAGAGAGCCAUGGCGGCCGAGGCUGAAGCCAGCCGCGAGGCCAGAGCCAAGGUGAUAGCAGCAGAGGGUGAGAUGAAAGCAUCGCGGGCGCUGAAGGAGGCCUCCCUGGUGAUCGCCGAGUCCCCCUCGGCCCUGCAGCUGCGUUACCUCCAGACCCUCAACACCAUCGCGGCGGAGAAGAACUCCACCAUCAUCUUCCCACUGCCGCUGGAGAUGAUGCAGGGGUUCAUCAAACACUAAAUCUCAAAACACUUCGCUCACACUCACACCAUUGAACACAUACACAAGUAUUUUAGGCCCAGUGUUAGAUUUUAACCAGCAGCGCUAAACUGACGCACAGGAAGUUGGUGCAUUUCGCCCAUGAUGCACCAAACUGUCCUUUAAGAAUGACUAGAAAUCAACUACAGCUGUUUUUGUUUGUUUUGUUUAUGUCAUCACCAUAACAUUGUUACAUUUGAACACAACAAGCUGCUAGCUCACAUGAACAUGUUUUCAAACAAACUGACCAUUUUCUAGUUCCUGGGUUACUUCUUUUAAAACGGCCGUUUUACUGCAAACAUUCUUUUAAUUUAAGCUGUGUGCUUAUUAUUCUUUUAGCUGAGCAUCAGUUAAAACGUUUGCUUUGUUAGAAUCUGAUCUAAGCGCUCCUCAUCCCAGUGUGGACUCGGUGUGCUUCGUCAGCUGAACGACCGCUGAGGUGGCUCAGCUAGAACCAACGAUGGCAGGCAACCAGAAAAACAAGCAGCAGUCAGCGUGGUGUGUCUCCAGUCACUGACCACUGACUGAGUUUAGGGUGUCUAGAUCAAUAUUUCUAGCUAAUACACACUUCAACUACAUUAAAGUUACAUUAAAACCAAUCCAAAAUAUGUGCUUGACGACUGAAUAGCUCUUAAAAAGAAAUGCAUUUUGGCUUUAAAGCUGUUACUUAAUGUUACGUAGGUGGUCAGGACCCUCAGUAGGAGUCUGUGUAAAGCAUAGUGUGGGGAGGGUCCAGUGUGUUGUGGCUCUACAAGUAUCAAAAAACCUGUUUACUACUUUAUUUACCAGAGGUAGUGGUCACUCUGACUACAGGUAGUUCUUUGUUAGCAAGCAGAGAGCAUUGUGGGAGUUUUGUUAGCAAUGGGCACCAUGACAGAAACCUGUGUCUCUCUCUUUUUUCUUUUUUUUUGCACUUUUUUGUGAAUUUGUGCUUUCCCUUUCUGAUACCUGCAUAUCAGUGGAUGCAACGGAUCUGGCUUUGAUUGGCGAAGCCUAAAACAAUGCUGUGACUGCCGAUCCUGACGCCUUCCUUACAAUUUCAUAGUAAUGUCGCUGAUUUCAACACAGUCUGAAGUUGUUUGCCAGCUUUUGCUCACACUGUGUUGUUUUUAGUCUGUAUUGUGGUUAAAAUCUUUGCAUUUCUCAAAUAUUAUAGUUGACGUUUUGUUUGAAAAGUUACUCACUGAUGCUAGCAGACCUGGCUAUGAUUGUGAUUGGUCGACUGUUGCUAAAUUCUUUCGCGUUAACCCGCUCACAGCAGGCUGAGAAACUCUGUGUUCACUGAGUUGAUAACCACCUUCACUAAACUGCUCGUCCUGACUGUGGUUGUUGGGUUUACUGAAGCUAUUGACGAUAAUAUACCCUGGAUAUAUUACACUUGCUUCGUAUUAGCGGCCUCUGGUGGUUUAGCUGUUAGCUUGACGUUUUAUUUUUUAUCUGUGUUUAAGCUACAAAAAGGCUCCGUGACUGUCAAAGUACCACAAAACCUCAAAACCUCUCAUCUGUUCCACAAACAUUUUAAAGCAAAGUGCCUGCUGGAUAUGUGGCCUAUGAACACACACACACACACACACACACACACACACCUCUAUCCUUACAUGUAUAUCUCUACACUCUCCUGACACCGUAGCACUACUGCAACCACUGCCAGCAUCUUUGUGCUGCGCCUAUUUUGUAUCUUAAAGUGUUUUUUUUUCAUGAUAUCAAUAUUCUGACUGUAAAGACUUGAUUACCAAACCCUAAAAUGCCUGAUUGUGUUUUUAAAUGUGCCAAUUUCACUUUUUUUUUAGCGUGUAAGUCAUUCAAAUCUCUGCACUAAUCUGAACAUUGAAGCCUUGAAAGUUGAAACUUGUGCGGUAUGAGUCGUACUGCACGCAAUUAGUCUGAUUUAUAGGGACAAUGAAAGAAUUGUGAACCGACAUGCUGGUGCAAAGUUGUUCGUUUUGACUUUUUACAACACUGAAUGUUGUAAAUACACUAAAUGUGGUGCGUUGAUGUUUAAUGUGAUGAUUAAAUUUGGUUUAUCGUGUACUAACCAGCAAGAGGGGUAGGCAGCAGUGUCAGGAAGUAAGAGAUAUGCAAAUAUCAGACGUAAAUGUUCCUCCUUAUCACACACUAGCUUUUCUCCAGUUGUAAUUACUUAGAUUACAAGCUGUUUCCAAUAGUAGACUGUCAUUAACUACAUGUUUUCUGUUAACAACAAGGUGGACAAAAUAUAAGAAACACACUGAGUGAACUCCAACAUGAAGAAAAGUCGACAUUUUCAGCCGGUUUACUGGCCUUGAGUCGUUCCUUUUAUUUUGUCCGCCCCCUCUCUGACUUCAUUCCUGCUCAGGAGAAGCAGAAACUGCAACUCUUUCAACCAAAAGCCUUAACUUUCUACCAUGUGUUCAUUUCACAGUCUCAUUCUAUGCAUUCUGAACGAGCUGCUGUGUUUUACUACGUCCGUACGCUCUCUGUGGGUGUAACACAAGCCAAAUCUUUGUACUCGUCUGUCUUGAAGCCGCUCUAGUCGUGUAGUUUUCGCCUCCUUGUUACAUUUAAAGUCCAUGUUUAUCGCAGCGUUUAGCCUUCGUCUGACCACGCAGUGUUUUUUAUAUAUCUCGUAGUGUGAACUUUCGUUUUGCGGUGGCGGGAUGGACGGUUCGGGUCUGUCACAUUUACCUGAACCGGGUGUGAUGCACCUUCUUGUUAUGAAACGUUACGGCUGUUACAUUAUACUUCAGUAAGUCCUGUAUUUUUUGCUGUUGCUGCCGAGUAGAGCGCGUCACGUUGCUGCAGAAUCCUCGCUGAGUUUGUUCAAACCCGUCGGUUUAAAGGACUUCGCCGAGUGUUUGUGGUUGUUUUUGUCCCAAACCCGGGAAGAGUCGGGGUUAGGAGAGAUUUUUUAUUUGGGAUAGAAGCUUGUGGGAUUUAUUUUUGCAGCUAACAAUAUUGUUUUGUACAUUUUACUAAUGACUUGAUAUGAUUUUAUCUUGAUAUGAUACAAGUAUAUAUAUAUAAAACUUCAAAUAAAGAUGUUAUCCACGAA